AUGAGAAUUGUGCUAUUCAUCGGCAGUCCUGUUGUCAGUAUCGACACGGCGGAAGUUAGUUCUUUUUAUUUUUGGAAAAAACUCGGUAAUUCUUUUUUCAGUUGAUAAAGAUCGCGAAAAAGCUCAAGAAAGAGAAAGUUCACUGUGAUGUGAUUAUUUUCGGAGAAGGAGAGGAGGAGAACGGUGCAAAGUUCUCCCAGUUUGUGGACACUCUUAAUGGAAAGUAAGUUAUUUUUCUGUUUUUUUGUUAUUGGAUUCAAUUGGAUAUUUGAAAAAUAGUUUAGAGAGAUGGUCUCAAAAAAAUUACACUGAGUGCAUAAUUUUGCUUUUUAAGCAAAUCGUGAUUUCAAAGAGUUUUUUUAUGCUUUUUUUAUUCAAUUAAGAUUUUUUUCCCCCAGACUUUUUUUAAAAAUUUUCUCCCGAGUAUCAAUGGUGUUUUUUUAAAUCGUUUUAUCGGUUUUUAUCUAAUUAUAUAUUUAAUUGAAUUUUUUUCUGACCUCAUGACAAGAGACAUGAAAUUCAGGGAAGGAACUGGUUCGAACUUGCUCGUAAUCCCUGCCGGUUCGACUCUGUCCGAUGUCUUAGCGUCGUCUGCGGUUUGCCGCAACGAAGAUGGUAGCAGCGCCCCUGGCGGUGGGGGAUUCGACUUUGGCGUCGACGCCGAAAACGACCCGGAUUUGGCUUUGGUAAUUUUUUUCUGACCAAGUCAAUUGUCGUCAAAAAAAUGACUUUUUUUAAACUUGAAAUAUUUUGAAUAUUUUUCUUUUGAAGCCAAAACCAUGCUGAUUUCAAGAAACAUUUCGCCGAUUCUUUUGCCCUGUUCUAAGUGAGUUUAGAUUUCAAAUUGGUCGUCAGAAAGUGAAUAAGACAACUAAAAUUUGGAGAACUAGAGAGAAUUUCGAUUUUUGUGGCAUUUACUUUGUGUCGAACUACGAAUUAGAUUAUUUUAGGUACACUGAUGAUAGAAAAUAUAAUGCAGAAAUGAAAAUACGGCCAGGGGUGUGAACAUUUCUAUUUUGAGGAUCUGGCGAAAAAUGUAUUAGACCAAAUUGAGUCAAACAAUUCCGACUUAGACUAUGGUCGUUUGAAUCGUUAUUAUAGGUUUUAAGAGAUUUUGAGAGAUCUGUGUAUUAUGAAAAUUGCAAGAAAAAAAAGCAGCAGGCUAAAACUCGGCUCAACAUUGUUUCUUUAGGCGCUUCGUGUGAGCAUGGAAGAAGAACGGGCUCGUCAGGCGGCCGAAGCGGCUGCAAACGGAGGAACGGCGAACGCGGAGCCCCAAGUGGAGCCCGUAGCACAGGCGAUGGACGUAGACAUGAGCACGAUGACGGAGGAGCAACAACUUGAAUGGGCUCUUCGUUUGUCUAUGCAAGAAAGUGUUCCGAGAGGUUUCUAAUCAUUCCCCAUCUUUCUACGUUGUCUGUUUAAGCUUCGGAAUCUGAAGCAGCUAAUUCUGGCAAUGACGAAAAGAUGGAAGUGGAUGUAACGGGCACCACGACUCCAGACAACAUCGACGAUCUCAUGAACAAUCCCGACCUUUUGCAGCAAAUUGUUGAUGAUCUUCCGAAUGAAGAGGUAAAACGAAAAUUCUUACUGGUCUGUAAUUUGUUUCAGAAAAAUCAGUCGCCGGAUGAGAAGGACAAGGGAUCCAAGUAA